AUGAUAUUGUCUCAAUCUGAUCAGGUUAUCCACGCUCAAGUCUGGUCCAAAGCUGAUAACAAGAGUGUUUUUUGUUCGUUUGUGUAUGCGAAGAACAAGUAUCAAGAGCGAAGGAGUUUGUGGGAGGAUUUAUGUAGGCACAAGUUGCUGUGUACGAACAACCCGUGGUUUGUCAUGGGCGACUUUAAUUCAGCCCUCCAUGGUGAUGAUUCUCUAUUUGGUACGUCUAGUCUUUCUAUUGGAAUGAGGGAGUUUUAUGAAUGUGUCCAAACCACGGAACUGGUUGAUGUAAAGGGGCAUGGUCUUCAUUACACUUGGAACCAGAAACCAAAAGAAGGGGUUGGUUUACUUAGGAAAAUUGAUCGGGUUAUGUGUAAUCUUAAAUGCUUGGAGGUAAUUCCUGAUGCUUAUGUCAUAUAUCACCCGCAUCGCUUAUCUGAUCAUACUCCGUGUAUAUUGAAGUUUCCUAAUACUUCUAAAUCCUAUCGGCCAAAGCCUUUCAAGUUUGCAAAUUUUAUCACCUCUAAACCUGAGUUCAAAGAUUGUGUGGAGGGUGAAUGGGCGAAAAGAAUAGAGGGAUACACUAUGUUCUCGGUUACUACUAAGUUGAAAAACCUAAAACCAGGUCUUCGAAAGAUCCUCUUCCAGCAAGGAAAUUUACAUACCAAAGUUGUGGAGCUGCGAUAG